AUGGCUGCCACCCCCAUCAACAAGCAGGGACUAUUUGUCCAUGACAACACAGUUGCCCCAGAGCACCCCAGUAUGAUGAGCAUGUUCUCCCUGAAGGGGAAAACUGCCAUUGUCUCGGGUGCCGGUGCCGGCAUUGGUCUCUCCGUGGCCCAGGGUCUGGCCGAAGCUGGCGCUAACAUUGCUAUGUGGUAUAACAGCAAUCCCAAGUGCGAGGAGCGCGCUGCCGAGAUUGCCCAGAAGUACGGUGUCCAGGCCAAAGCCUAUAAGGUUCAAGUCACCGAUGCGAAGGAGGUCGAGGAGGCCGUCAACACUGUUGUGAAGGAUUUCAAUGGCCGUCUGGAUGUUUUUAUUGCCAACGCUGGUAUUCCAUGGACCCAAGGCUCCAUGGUGGACGGCUCCCUUGAACAUUACCGCAAUGUUAUCGGUGUUGACCUCGACGGCACUUUCUACUGUGCUCGCGCCGCCGCCGCCCACUGGCGCCGACAGAAGGAGGAAGGUACUGACGCCAAUGGCAACAAGUUGACCAACUUCACCUACGGCAGCUUUGUUGCGACAGCUUCAAUGAGCGGCCACAUUGUCAACUUCCCCCAAUUGCAGUCCGCCUAUAACGCUGCCAAGUCCGGCGUGAUCCACCUUUGCAAGUCUCUUUCUGUCGAGUGGGUUCGCUUCGCUCGUGCGAAUACAGUCUCCCCGGGAUACAUUGCCACUGAAAUCUCCAGCUUCGUGGAAGAAGACACCAAGAAGAUCUGGCGCGACAAGAUCCCCAUGGGUCGGGAGGGCGAGUCCCACGAAUUGAAGGGCGCAUACCUCUACCUUGCCUCCGACGCAUCCAGCUACACUACUGGUGCGGAUUUGGUCGUCGAUGGAGGAUACUGCGCCCCGUAA